AUGGGGCCUCGAGCGAGACCUGGGCGCGGUGAAAUGACAUCGCCGAACAUCCACUUCCAAUUCCUUCUAAUUCCUUCCAGUGAUACUCAUGGCCGGCCGGCCAUAGGCGAAAAGUUCCAUUUUGAGCAGGCGCGCGCAGCGCAGGAGCGCUUUGACUGGGGACGCGGCCCACGUCUGCCGCCCCGUCGUGUGCUUGAGGCUUGUGGAGAGGCGCCGCUCAGCAGGGACUGCUCGCAAGGCACUAUCAAAACAACGUUUAAGAGCAUCGCGGACCCGCCAGGCCUGGAGCAGCUGCUGCACGCACAGCAUCCGACAGCAGCAGCAGCCGAUGUCCAGCGCCUCGCCUCGCAACACCGUGACAGCGCGGUGCUGCUGCAGAAGGCGCUGCAGGUGCUGGUGUGGGUGAUGACAGCGGUGCGGCAAGAGGCGUUUGACCUUCUGCUGCUGGUGGUGGCGCUGUGUGCCGAGGACACGCGGCUGCAGGCCGCCGGUCAGCCCCCCAACCCAGAGCGUUUCCGCGGUCAGUCUUCCAUCGCGGAGGGCUUCCGCCGGCAGCGGCAGCGCGCGUGCGGCAGCGACCAGCCCCACCAUGUGACCAACGACGCCGCCCAGCGGGCCCUACGCGGCUUCCCGGACCUGAACCAGCGCGUGAUGGAGGACUGCAUCACAGCCGUGACGACGUCGGAACACCAUCAAGAGGUCCAGCACAGCGACCAGCGCGCCGGCCGUGACCCUCACUCCCACAACCUGGCGCAGUAUGUGUACGGCCACGUGUUCCAAGUGCACCGCAGUGAAGACCGGGUGGGCCCUCCACGCAGCGUGACUGGGCUGACCAGCGUCGUCCACCAGCUGGCGCGUCAGAUGGAGACCAACGUGGGGGUUCACCUCGCCACCAACUUAUUCAGGUGGCUGAAAACCCGGUGCCGCGUGCAGCUACACCGAACUCUGCAUCCAGAGGCGGCGGCCGCUGCGCCUGACGCCGGCGCUGGCGGCGGCGGCGGUGGCGGCGGCGCAUACGGUGGUGAUGGCAUGGGGGUGGAUCAGGCGGCGGCCGCUGCGCCUGACGCCGGCGCUGGCGGCGGCGCUGGCGUGGAACUACCGCGCCAGCAGCAGACCAUCGUACUCGCACUCGCCGCAGCUAUCGCACGAGACGAGCCGCUGUGCGCCUACCCCGACGCAGCAGCAGCCCUGCAGUCGCAGCCGGAUGUCCUGCAGGAGCUGGAGCUCUGGGUGCAGCAGGAGCAGGACCGCUGGCGGCCCCGGGGGCUGCUGGUGCCGGGGUGCAGCUUCAAGCGCCACUCGCUGCCCCACGGCGAACGCUACCUGGCAUGGGCUGCGGAGGUGCUGCACGAGAUCGAGCAGCACCGGAGCCAACUGCGCGCGCGCGGGGUGCCCGAGGCCGAAGUCGCCAGGCACUUCCCGGUGUUUGGGCUGCUGCCGGAGCCCAGCUACCAGCAGGUGCACAUCGGGCUCGGCCAAGAGGCCGUGAAGGAGCUGCUGGUCCACCGCGACCAUUUCGCCAGCGAGCACCACCUCAUCCCACCGGCUGCCGUGCCCACCGGGUUGCGGCGGGCAGCGCGCAGCGGCGGGCAGCGGCAGCGGCGGCGCCGCGGCAGAGGCGGUAGCGGCGGCGGCAGCACCGCGGCGGGCAGCGGCGGCUCCGCGGCGGGCAGCGGUGGCAGCGGCGGAGGCGCGGCGGGCAGCGGUGGCAGCGGCGGAGGCGCGGCGGGCAGCGGUGGCGGCAGCGGCGGUGGCGGCGCAGAUCAACCGCUCCGCUGGGGCCCCAAGGGCGGCAAGUUCCGCAACAUCCCUGCCUGCUUCAAGGAGUGGGUGGCAGACCACGGGUUGGACCCGGGUGACGUGUGGGCGGCCGCGGGGCUGCGCCUCGGCAUUAGCCAGCACGAGCACAGGGGCUCCAAGUUCGACGGCUUCGUCACCACGGAUGCCUUCGACAUGUGCCUCACCAUGCGCCGCCGCUACCACAGCUCGUGGGACGAGGCCAAGGAGGCAGGCAAGCAGGUGCGGGUGUCUGAGGAGGAGCUGCUGCGGCUGUCCCUGCGCGGCGUCGACCCCGGCUGCAGCCCCAUCUACUGGACGUGCGCGAUGCGGUGGCCGUGGCUGCCCGCGUGGGUGGUGGCGCUGCUGGGCGUGGACCUGGUGCUACGGCUGCCGGAGGUGCGCAACGGCAGCUGCCCCGUGCGAUGGCCCGACGACCUUACCAAGGACCAGCAGGCCGCAGCCGAGGCGCAGCUGGCAGCGCACCUGACAGCCAGCAAGGCGGCAGCCGCACGGGACACGAUCGUGACACGCACGCAGGCAGCAGACCGCGCAACAGCAGCAGCAAGCACCGCAGCUGCACGAUGGGCCAAGGAGGUGCAGGCAGCGCCGCAGCAAGGUCGGCCGGAGCUAGUGCCGCCGCGCCCGCUGGCGCUUAUGGUGGCGCAGUCGGCGGAGCACAGCAAAGCCGCAGCAGUGGCAGCUGCCGAUGCGGCGGCGCGUGAAGCAGCCGACGCUGCCAACGGCGUGGCAAGGGAGGCGACCAUGUCGGCGUUGGUGCAGGGUUUCCGUCGAUACGUGGAGGUGAUGGCCGCUGCGCACUGCGCCAUGCUGCAGCUACACCGGUGCCUGCAGCAGCAGCAACAGCAGCAGCAGCUCGCUGCGCGGGUAUGGGAUAUUGCGUUUACGCACUGCUCAGGGGCGGAGCACCGCACGAACUGUGGAUACGCCCAGCACCAACGGUGGCAGCAGUGGCGUGUGAAGGCGGACCCUGCGCUGUGCGCCUGGCAGUCCAGCCUGCCGACCGCCCGGACUGUGGAUGUGCAGAACGUCCUCGGCCGCCUUGACUACAAGUACGGCGGCAGUACCGGGGCCGGCGGGCAGCAGGGCGAGGCGGUGGUGCGCGAGCUCGGCUUUGUGGACCUGCUGGCGCGGUACGCCGCCCCCGCCUGGCGGCAGAAGCGCCUGCAGGUAUACUGCCAGAAGCAGCGGGUGCUGUGCCGCGAGGCCGUGCGCCUGAUGGGCGGAGAGCCGGAGGUGACACAGCAGAAUGGCGUGGUGGGCUGGGGUGGCGGCAGCGCGGGCUUCCACGGCACAGUCAGCCGAGCGGAUCAGCCGCCGCGCAAGGGAUUCGUGCGGCUGCUGCGUGAGCGGUUCGCGCGCCACGUCAUCAUGAUCAACGAGUACCGCACCAGCAUGGUGUGUGCGAACUGCGGGCGCCUCAGCCUGCGCCGCAAGGAGCCGCCGCAGGGUGGCGCGGACUUCCGCGUCCUGGUCUGCAACGAUUGUCACACGACGUGGGACCGUGACGAGAACGCGGCCCUCAACAUGCGGCUACUGUUGGUCCUGCAGCUCCUGGGCCGCGACCGGCCGGCGGUCUUCUGCCGGCCGGAGGGCGGUGUUGACUAGUUGAAGUUGACUUGGUUGAUGGAGUUCCCCUGACCCGCUGCCGCCUCCUGACCCCCGGUGUGGGGUCGCGUGCGGUGUCUGAGCGAGGCGCUCUUUGGUUGCAACCAGCCUGUCUAACCAGGUGUGUUUGAGGCGACGCCUUGAGGCGACGCCUUGCAGCAAAUGGCUGUGCGGGAGCGCUGAGGCGGAGGUUGAUGUGUGUGGUCAGGGGUCAGGAGGUUAGUGUACGUGGAGAAAGCGGCCGAAACCAGGAGUGCCGUGCCGUGAAACACGGCUCGCCACCAAAUGAAGGAACCCUUUAGUGGGGGCAAGUGGUGGCCUGCGUAUGCCACUCUGAACGACUCUGAACGGGUGCGGACGAUUCAGAUGCAUCAUUGCCAGCUGGGUGUUCUCUUCAGCCUUCAACAAUAAUUCUAUGGCUAUAACAUACUAAGGGCUUCCG